GCAAAAUUGGAAGGAACAGUCCCCCCCCGCACCCCGGCCUGCGCCUGCCGCGACGCCCGGCCCCCGGGCGGCCGCCGCCGGUCACGGCAGCGAGCGGCGCGGAGGAACUCUUUUCUGGAGUCGCAGCACAGGCGGCGAUGGCGCGUACCCUGCCGCCUGCCCGCGGGAGCCACCACCCCGGCCACGCCCCUCGGCUGGAGCAGCCCCGCUCGCCAUUGGGUGGCCGCCGUCGCGCGGGGGACGGGCCGCGCCGCUCUCGCGAGAGUUGGCGCGUGUAUGUGGGGACUGCGGGCGGAAGUGCGGCCUUUUCCUGCGGCGGCACGGCUCGGCGAGGAUGAAGCUGAACAUCUCUUUCCCAGCCACUGGCUGCCAGAAACUCAUUGAAGUGGAUGAUGAGCGCAAGCUGAGAACAUUCUAUGAGAAACGGAUGGCCACGGAGGUUGCGGCUGAUGCUCUUGGUGAGGAGUGGAAGGGCUAUGUUGUCCGCAUCAGUGGUGGCAAUGACAAACAAGGCUUCCCCAUGAAGCAAGGUGUCCUGACUCAUGGACGUGUCCGCCUUUUGCUCAGCAAGGGCCACUCCUGCUAUCGCCCCAGAAGAACUGGAGAGAGAAAACGCAAAUCUGUUCGUGGUUGCAUCGUUGAUGCCAACUUGAGUGUUCUGAACUUGGUCAUAGUGAAGAAGGGUGAAAAGGAUAUUCCUGGGCUGACAGACACAACUGUGCCCCGUCGUCUUGGUCCCAAGAGGGCUAGCAGAAUCCGCAAGCUGUUCAACCUGUCUAAGGAGGAUGAUGUUCGUCAGUAUGUUGUGAGGAAGCCUCUGAACAAAGAGGGCAAGAAACCCAGAACCAAGGCUCCUAAGAUCCAGCGACUAGUGACUCCUCGAGUUCUGCAACAUAAGCGCAGGCGUAUUGCUCUGAAGAAGCAGCGCACCCAAAAGAAUAAGGAGGAAGCAGCAGAAUAUGCGAAACUCUUGGCCAAGAGAAUGAAGGAAGCCAAGGAGAAACGCCAGGAGCAGAUCGCAAAGAGACGCCGGCUUUCUUCAUUGAGAGCUUCUACAUCUAAGUCUGAGUCAAGUCAGAAGUAAAGAUGUACAUGAUGCUAAAAAUAAACACUUUUUGUGGCUAACUUUCA